AACGAAACAAGCUCACCAUCUGCGUGACACAGCAAUGUUUAAACAAUUAUAUUAACUUUAAAUUUAAUUAUGUUUGUUCAAAAAAUACUAUUCCUUGUCGCACACAUAAGUGGCAUCCACACUGCCGAGGACCAAAUUACAGACAACCCAAGUACGGAUACAAAUUUUCUCGGCUUAAGAAACAUUUCAGGACGCAUGCAAUAUCCACAACAGGAAUGGACAUUCGAAAACUAUGUGAAGAAAUUUGAACCAGCCACCAUAUGGGAGCGAAUAGACCGAAAGAAAAGGUAUGAAGGUGUGAAUAUAACAGAGGAAGAACAAUCAGAGAUGAUGUUGGAGGGUAUUGAUACUUUCGACGAAAUCAUGAAUAUGAAAAUCGAAAAUGGGAAUCCUAAACUGAUCCUCGAGCGAGAUGGUAGGCGAGGAUGGAAGUCUAAUACCGCAGGGACCCCAUUUAAUAUGAACGACAGGUUCUUCCUCCGACGCAGGCUAUACGAGUUGAUGAAACAAGUCAUUUACCAGACCAGAAAUAAAAUGAUUGUCACGCAAUUCAGCAGGGAUUUACACAAGAAUUCUUCGCUUUACAAAAUGGGAUUCCUGAUGAGUAAGGUUGAUAAUUUGAUAAAGAUCUACUCUAUGUUUUCUUUACGAGCAUUAAGGGGUUGUACUCUGCAUGUCGAAUGGAUAUUUAAUCGAUACCCCACAUAUGAUAUGUUGAAUGCUAACGAGAGACAACUAAGCCUGUUGUUCAACAUAGAACUCUUAGUUGAAUUACUUCGUAGGAACGAUAAGACUUGCCGAAGAAUCUUCAAGAAACAUAAACUGAACAGAAAGGAUCAUUUCGAUGCAGAAUUUGAAGAUUAAAUGUCUAUGUUAAAUAUUUUUCCAUUUAUUUAAACUUUAAUGUACACAGAAACAAGUGAUGGU